CAGGCAGGCAGCAGUAGUGUUUCACUGGGCUGAGAGCAGCAGAAGCAGAGAGCUGUAUCUGGGGAGAGUGGAUCCCAGUGAUCUGGUGUGCAGCCUGUGAUCCCUGCACCUGAUCCCUCCCCUGCAGCCUCUGCCUUAUCCAUUUGCACAGGAGGAGAUGGAUGCAAGAGUGCUGGGAGCCUGGCAAUGAGCUGACACCUCCACCACAUCCACAGGAGCAGCAACAUCCAGGGCGGAGGUUUCCAGAGGGUCUGAACUGUCCUUAGCUACGAGGUGAGAUUUCAGGGUUCAGCAAACUGGAGAGAGAAGAGACGACGAAAGACAAGAAGUUAUCUGAGGCAUGAGGAAGAGUUGGCAGUAGACCUAUUGAUACAUUAUAAAGGUUCACCGCAGUGUACACUAUGACGGAUGGGGACUAUGAUUAUCUGAUCAAGCUCCUGGCCCUCGGAGAUUCUGGUGUUGGGAAAACCACAUUCCUGUACAGAUAUACAGACAACAAGUUUAACCCCAAAUUCAUCACCACAGUUGGAAUAGACUUCCGGGAAAAAAGAGUGGUUUACAACAGUGCAGGUCCGGGUGGCACUCAGGGCAAGGCCUUCAAGGUACACUUACAGCUGUGGGACACGGCCGGACAGGAGAGGUUUCGGAGCCUCACCACAGCAUUCUUCAGGGAUGCCAUGGGAUUCCUUUUGAUGUUUGACCUCACCAGUCAACAGAGUUUCCUAAACGUACGGAAUUGGAUGAGUCAACUUCAAGCAAAUGCUUACUGUGAGAGUCCGGAUAUUGUAUUAAUUGGUAACAAAGCCGACCUGGCCGAUCAGAGAGAGGUGAACGAGAAGCAAGCAAGGGAACUUGCCGAUAAGUACAACAUCCCAUACUUUGAGACAAGUGCAGCAACCGGACAGAACGUGGACAAAUCAGUGGACAUUCUUCUGGACUUGAUAAUGAAACGCAUGGAACAAUGUGUGGACAAGACCCAAGUACCAGAUGCAGUUAACGGCGGAAACUCUGGAAAAUUAGACGAAGCAAAAGCAGGAGGAAAAAAGUGUGCCUGUUAGGGGGGGAAAACAAAAAUACGAGAGAAAUUCAAAAUAACAUCUUCGAACUGUGAACCUUUAAACGGUUAAUGUGAAACGGCUGAUGCACCGCGAUACUGCCCCAAGUGGUCAAUGUCCACACGAAAGCCAUUCAUAGCUUCAUACCAUUAACACAAUCUUUAAACAAAGUGGAAAAAAAAUCCCACCGACAACCCCUCCCCCUAUCUUUCAUUGUUACGGUAUUCGCCAUCAUCUCUUGUGAAGAAAGUGUUAAUCUUAUAUAUUUAUAUGCAUUAUAAAA